CCACCUGGUGAUCUCUGGGUGUGUUGGCCCCGUGGCACGGAUCCUGCUGUUGGAUGUGGGUGGGCUGGGCAGUGUUUGGGCAUCCAGAAGCAGGUGUCCUGUCCCCCAGCCCGGUCUGCAAAGGGGUAAACUCUUUUCUUCCAUUCCAGCUCCAGCAGCAGCUGCUCGCCUCGCAGUACCAGUUCCACAGGUUUGCACUGCCUGCGCAGCCUCUCAGGGCACUCAGCAGACUUUUUUUGGGAAAGUCAACAUUUGGAAGAGGGUGCAGGCACUACUGAUACCCCAUAUUCACCCACAGGUGCCCAUCCCACACCUGCUGUACCCUGACUUUUUGAGAUGCCAACACCUGCGGGACUCCGCAGCGCUCUGCGGCCAGCUCAGAUUUAUCCAUUAUUUUAUAUCCACACGCCUUUAAUUUUUACAGCCCUGUUGGAGCAAUACCCAGGGCUGUUAAUAACACCAGGCCCUCCCCGCCCCCCACGUGCAUCCAUCAUGCUCCAACCAAGGUACCAAGUGUGUCUCAGGGCUGGGUGAGUGCAGGCACAGGGAGUCCCAUGCCCCUAUCUUCCAGCCAGCAGCCUCGUGAGCAGCAGGGUGGAUUCCUUGUGCCCACCUGUGAAGCAGCCUGACUGGAUGCCCUUGCAUCCCACUGGGGUUGGUGAUACCUGGCUGCUUUGGAUGCCUGAGGUGUCUCUCCUGUGGGAUUCAUGAUUCUUUCUCUCUUGGCAUGUGCCCCAUGAGAGCUGAGCUGCAACACCUGAGCUUGUGUUUAGUGUGCCAGGGUACGUGUGGAUGGCAGUGAGUGCCUGAGUGUGAGAAUGCAUGUGAAGGCACAGAGUGUGUGUCUGUGCGGGUGCAUGUCAGUGUGUACACGUGACGUACAUGUGUGUCACUGCCUGUGCAGGUGCUGCUGGGUCUGGCUGCUGUAGAAGGCACCGUGCCUGGGCCGUGACCACCACCCCAGCACAGGAAAGAGCAGCCUCAGCAGCCCCAGGCACCAAGAGCUGAGCCUGGGGCCAGCCCACAGUACCCACAGGACAAGACAGCAGGUCCCACAUAACCGAGCCACCUGUGCCAUGACAAGCAGGGCCCCAUGCCACAGCACAGCACCUGUGCUGUCCCUCCCCAGCACCCAGGAGACCCAGAGCCCCCUCUGAGCACCCAGGGAUGUGCUGGCACGGGAGAGGGAGGGUAGCAGGGCACCCCUGAGCACCACAGGCAGGAUGGCUGAGGGGGGCCAGAGUACCCAGGCACUGCAGGGGGCCACCGUGGGAAUUGCUGGGCUAUAAAUCUCCUUGCUGGGCCCCCCCGUGGCAGAGCAGCUCACGAUAUUUAUGUUGGGGAUUUAUCUGCAAUGCAGUUUAAUAUUCCCGGACCUUUGCGUGUGUGUUCGAAUGCACGGCUUCCUCCUCGUGCCACCCCUGCCACCCCCGUGCCCACCGUCUCACCCGGAGCCUUUCAGGCUCUGUCUGCUGCCCACCCACAGUCCUGUCCCCUUGCACCCACUCUGGCAGAAGGGGUCCGGGCCGGGCCGGGCCCCGCGGGGUUCCCAGCAGGGAGGGUGGGGGUGCCGGGAUGCUCCUGGCACAGGCCGUCGGCCGUGCCCCCCGGUGCCCCUCCCGGGUGUCCGGCUGCCGGGGGGUGGUGUCCCCGGACGGGGGGUGCCAGGCGGACUGGUACUGCCAGCCCUGUGCCAGCCCCCCCGGGGUAAAGGGGCCCAGGGACACCCCUGCCCCACCUCCGCGCCGGCGAGGAUGAGGUAAGGCUGGCGGGUGGCACAGGGCUGCUUCUUUUGCAUAAUAAUCUCGUUAAUGGAGCCUGGCCUGCGGGAGAGCCGGGCUGGAGACACCACCCCCUCCCCGCCCCGCCGCCUCCCUCCGGCCCCGCCGCUCCGCCAGCCGCGGCGCGGGGCGCGGAGCGGAGCGCGGGGCGCGCAGCCGGACGGGCGGCGCGGGGUCGGCCAGUCCCCGGCAGCCUCCUGACACCCCCCGAGAGAGCCGGUGAGCACCCCCAGGGCCCCCCGAGCAUCCCGAACAGCGUCCCCGAGCACCCCGGCAGCGUCGCUCCAGCAUCCCGGGAGCAUCCUCCAAGUAUCUCGGUGAGCAAACGACGAGCGACCGCCGAGCAGCCGCGUACUUCCCGGGCAGCAGAGCGAAGAUCAUCCCCCCAGCAUCCCUCGAGUACCUCGGAGCUUCCUUACUCACCCGGACAUCAGCACUUCCCCGUGGCAGGCACGGCUCCGGCAUGAACUGCGGGCUGCCUGAGCCUGAGCUCCCCCUGCCCUGAGCCCCCUGCACCAGUGCUGCUGGCAGGACCCCCAUCCCUGGCCAUGGAGAAGACCUACUCGUUGACGGCGCACUAUGAUGAGUUUCAGGAGGUGAAGUACGUGAGCAAGUACCAGAGCGGGACGCUGCCCAACGGCUUUGCCCUCCAGCUGGGCGCGGGGGCCAAGAAGCGCCGUGGGGGGCUGCCACGCUGGAGCCGCCGGGAGGUCUGCCUGCUCUCAGGGCUGGUCUUUGCUGCGGGGCUCUGCGUCAUCUUGACGUGCAUGUUGGUCCUCAAGUACCUGGCGACCGAAGGGGACAGCUACUGCCUGGAGGGGUGCCAGGAGAAGAAGGCCUUCCUGCGGGCGUCCCGCUUCCUAAGUGCCAACAUGGAUGCUACCAUCGACCCUUGCCAGGACUUCUACUCCUUCGCCUGUGGCGGCUGGCUCCGGCGACACGGCAUCCCUGAGGACAAGCUGGUGUACGGCACCAUCGGGGCCAUCGCUGAGCAGAACGAGGCCAAGCUGCGGGCGCUGCUGAGCCGGCCCGUGCGGCGCCGAGCCCGCGCCUCGGCAGAGAGGAAGGUCAAGGAGUUUUUCCGCUCGUGCCUGGACCGGGCUGAGAUCGAUCGGCUCGGCCCCCGGCCCAUGCUGGAGGUCAUCGGGGAGUGUGGUGGCUGGGAUGCCCCUCCGGACCGCAGGGACAUCAACGAGCUGCUCUACAAGACACAGGGUGUCUACAGUGCUGCCGUGCUCUUCUCCCUCACCGUCAGCCUGGACGAGAGGAACACUUCCCGCUACGUCAUCCGGAUCGACCAGGACGGGCUGACCCUGCCCGAACGGACCCUCUACCUGGGGCAGGAUGAGGAGAGCGAGAAGAUCCUGGCUGCAUACCGAGUGUUCAUGGAGCGACUGCUCAGCCUCCUGGGGGCUGAGCACGUGGAGCAGAAAGCCCAGGAGAUCCUGCAGCUGGAGCAGCACCUCGCCAAUAUCACGGUGUCUGAGUACGACGACGCGCGCAGGGAUGUUGGCAGCAUGUACCACAAAGUGACCCUGGCCGAGCUGCAGCGCAUCACUCCCACGCUCAAGUGGAAGCGCUUGCUGGACCGCAUCUUCCAUGACAACUUCUCGGAGGAGGAGGAGGUGGUGCUGCUGGCCACCGACUACAUGCACAAGGUGUCCAACCUCAUCCGUGUGACACCCAGCAGGAUCCUUCACAACUACAUGCUGUGGCGCAUCGUGGUGGUGCUGAGCGAGCACCUCUCCACGCCCUUCCGCGACGCCAUCCACGAGCUCUCCAAGGAGAUGGAGGGCAACGAGAAGCAGCUGGAGCCGGGGAAGAUCUGCCUGAGCCAGGCCAACAAGCACUUUGGCAUGGCCCUGGGAGCUCUCUUCGUUGAGGAGCACUUCUCCUCUGCCAGCAAAGCCAAGGUGCAGCAGCUGGUGGAGGACAUCAAAUACAUCCUCGACCAGCGCCUGGAUGAGCUGGACUGGAUGGAUGAGGAGACACGGAGAGCAGCCAGGGCCAAGCUCCGGUACAUGAUGGUGAUGAUUGGGUACCCUGAUUUCCUGCUGAAGCCAGAGGCCAUCGACAAGGAAUAUGAGUUUGAGGUGGAUGAGAAGACCUACUUCAAGAACAUCCUCAACAGCAUCGCCUUCAGCAUCAGGCUCUCGGUGAAGAAGAUCCGGCAGGAGGUGGAUAAAUCCGCGUGGCUGCUGCCUCCCCAGGCACUGAACGCCUACUACCUGCCCAACAAGAACCAGAUGGUGUUCCCUGCUGGCAUCCUGCAGCCCACACUCUACGACCCCGAGUUCCCGCAGUCACUGAACUAUGGUGGGAUUGGCACCAUCAUUGGCCACGAGCUGACCCAUGGCUACGAUGACUGGGGGGGACAGUACGACCGGCACGGGAACCUGGUGCACUGGUGGACGGAGCGGUCGUACAGCAAGUUCCUGAAGAAGGCGCAGUGCAUCGUCAACCUCUACGACAACUUCACUGUCUACAACCAGAGGGUGAAUGGCAAACACACACUGGGGGAGAACAUCGCUGACAUGGGGGGGCUCAAACUGGCCUACUACGCCUACCAGAAGUGGGUGAGGGAGCACGGCCCCGAGCACCCCCUGCACCACAUGAAAUACACACACGACCAGCUCUUCUUCAUCGCCUUUGCCCAGAACUGGUGCAUCAAGCGGAGAUCCCAGUCCAUCUACCUGCAGGUGCUGACAGACAAGCACGCCCCGGAGCACUACAGGGUCCUGGGCAGUGUCUCACAGUUUGAGGAGUUUGGACGGGUCUUCCACUGCCCCAAGAACUCGCCCAUGAACCCAGUGCACAAGUGCUCAGUGUGGUGAGGCUGAUCCCCCUCCAGCAGGCUGGGACCCUCCAUCCCCUCCCCUGCCUAAAUGUGCACUUUGUGCCCGCUCCCCAACUUCCCAUCUCCUUUCCUAUUCUCCAGGUAAAGGGGGCACCCUCGGGUGUCAGAGGGUGUCACCCCAAAGACAGACACCUUCCACAGGGGUGUAGGCAGCAGAAACACUUGGGUUGGGCAGACGCCUCCUGCCCCUGCCCCUCCCAUCCACUGCCCUGUGCAGUGAGGCAUUGUCAUUCCCCAUGGAGGAACACGGGCACCCCUGUACCCCCUUUUCUGCCCACCCAGCCCAAGCCCUUCACCCAGCCCUACCACAUCCAUCCCAGUCAGUCAAGGCAGGGGGAGGACUCCAGUGGCUCCAAGGGGCUGCCCCAUGCCAGAAGCCUCCCCUGCACGGUGCCCUCCCUGGCAUUCCCCAUGCCAGCCCCUCCUGUCCAUGCACCAGCCCUGCCCAGGAGGGGCACAGCGGCGCAGCCGGGCUGGGCGAUGCCAGCCUGCCUGGCAGCGCAGGCACACAGACACUGCUGUAUCUUUGGCUGCUGUUUCUGGUCAAUAAAGCACUGGAUAUGCUGGGUGGCUGCCAGGGGCCAUGGCCAGGGGAUGGGAGCAGUGGGCAGCACCCCCAGCCCUGCCCACACGGCACAGGCACCCCCAGUCCACGAGCACGCUUGUCC